GCGAAAAUUUGCCUUCGGUUUUCACGUUUGUAUUGUUUAGGUAUUUUUUAACCGCCCAAUUGAACGCAGUGCAUGUUAAAACAAAACGUGUUACAGGAUGCGGGAUUGUGCGGAAUGCGGGUGUGAGAACACGCGCAGGUCAACACGGCUGAAAGUUGCAGGAGCCGUGGUGAGUUGAUGUGGCACUCGCAGCUGGUGUGUAGACAUUGAACUUGAACCGCGGAUACGGCGUUGGAUUGUUUAGCAAAUCAGGAGUAAAGCACAUGAUCGACAUGUUGCUGCAGAGACUGUCCCUGUGCUCCCGGCUCUCUGUGGGCCCCAAAUCCUUCACAAGAUCUCUUUCUCUCGGGAAAAAUCCCUCUACAUCUUCAUCUCUCAGACACCAUGCUGUGCAUCACUGGAGUAACGUGCCUUUUCUUACAGUGCCGUUGGCGCGUGCCCAUGGUAAGUCAUUCGCACACCGAGGUGAACUGCGUCAGGCCAAACGGAUUGUUGUGAAGCUGGGCAGUGCUGUAGUAACUCGAGGUGAUGAAUGCGGCCUCGCACUUGGGAGGCUUGCCUCUAUUGUAGAACAGGUAGCAAUGCUGCAGAACCAAGGCAGAGAAAUGAUGAUCGUUACAAGUGGAGCUGUAGCAUUUGGGAAACAGAGACUGAGGCAUGAGAUUCUUCUCUCCCAGAGUGUCAGACAAGCCCUUCAUUCAGGACAGAAUCAGCUUAAAGACAUGUCUCUGCCUGUUCUGGAGGCGAGGGCAUGUGCCGCUGCAGGACAGAGUGGACUGAUGGCACUGUAUGAGGCCAUGUUCACUCAGUACAGCACCUGCACAGCACAGAUCUUGGUCACAAAUUUGGACUUCCACGAUGACCAGAAGAGACGAAAUCUGAACAGCACGUUGCAUGAGCUUCUGCGUAUGAACAUCGUGCCCAUCAUCAACACUAAUGAUGCAGUGGUGCCUCCCCCAGAGCCAAACAGUGAUCUGCAGGGGGUAAAUGUAAUCAGCAUCAAAGACAAUGACAGUUUGGCAGCACGGCUUGCAGUGGAGAUGAGAGCAGAUCUCCUUAUUGCUCUUUCUGAUGUAGAAGGUCUUUAUGACAGCCCUCCCAGUUCUGAUGAUGCUAAAUUAAUUGACACUUUCUACCCUGGGGACCAGCAGUCUAUAACCUAUGGCACCAAAUCCAGAGUGGGCAUUGGGGGAAUGGAAGCAAAGGUGAAAGCUGCACUUUGGGCUCUUCAGGGUGGCACAUCUGUAGUCAUCGCUAACGGCACUCACCCAAAAGUCACAGGCCAUGUCAUUACAGACAUUGUGGAGGGCAAGAAAGUGGGCACCUUCUUUUCUGAGGUCAAGCCUGCUGGGCCCACAGUGGAGCAGCAGACAGAUAUGGCUCGCACUGCAGGGAGGACACUGGCGUCUCUUCUUCCAGAGCAGAGGAGCGAGAUCAUUUAUUCCAUGGCUGACCUUCUGACUGAGAAGAGAGAGGAAAUUCUGUCAGCUAAUAAAAAGGACAUGGAACUUGCUGUCAAUUCAGGGCGUAUGCCUCCUGCCAUGCUUAAGCGGCUGAGUUUGUCAUCAGCUAAGCUGAGCAGUCUGGCCAUCGGCUUGCGUCAGAUUGCAGUGUCCUCUCAAGACAGCGUGGGACAAGUACUGCGCAGAACCCGUGUAGCCAACAACCUUGAGCUGGAGCAGAUCACUGUGCCCAUUGGGGUGCUACUUGUAAUCUUCGAAUCGCGUCCAGACUGCCUGCCUCAGGUGUCUGCGUUAGCUGUUGCUAGUGGGAAUGCUUUGCUGCUGAAAGGUGGAAAGGAGGCAGCUAACACCAACCGUGUCUUACACGAGCUAGCACAGGAGGCUCUAUCUAUACAUGGUGUCAGAGACGCCAUCCAACUGGUAAGCACACGUGAGGAGGUGGAAGACUUGUGUCGCCUGGAGAAGAUGAUCGAUCUCAUCAUUCCCCGGGGUUCAUCUCAGCUGGUUAGAGAUAUCCAGCGGGCUGCUAAAGGCAUUCCUGUGCUGGGUCACAGUGAGGGCAUAUGCCAUGUCUAUGUCGACCAUGAGGCCAGCAUAGAUAAAGUUAUCAAAAUUGUCAGAGACUCGAAAUGCGAUUACCCUGCCGCCUGUAAUGCCAUGGAAACCCUGCUAGUUCACAGAGAUGUGCUUCGGACCCCACUGUUUGAUCAGAUCAUUGACAUGCUGAGAACAGAGCAGGUCAAGAUACACGCUGGCCCCAGGUUUGCAUCAUACCUGACCUUCAGCCCGUCUGAGGUAAAGUCGCUGCGUACCGAGUAUGGAGAUAUGGAGUGCUGCAUAGAGGUGGUAGACAGCAUGUACGAGGCAGUGGAUCACAUUCAUAAAUAUGGCAGCUCUCACACAGAUGUGAUCAUCACUGAGAAUGAGGAGACAGCAGAGCAGUUCCUGCAGUUAGUGGACAGUGCCUGUGUGUUUUGGAAUGCUAGUUCACGAUUCGCUGAUGGAUAUCGCUUUGGUCUUGGUGCGGAGGUUGGUAUCAGCACUGCUCGUAUCCAUGCUCGUGGACCCGUAGGUCUGGAGGGGCUUCUCACCACUAAAUGGGUUCUGAGAGGAGAUGGCCACACAGCAGCAGACUUUUCUGAGCAAGGCAGUAUGAAGUUCUUGCAUGAGAAUCUGCCUGUUGCACAGCCACGAACUGGACAUAGAACCUCCAAUUAGAGCGGUUAAAAAAAAAAAACCCUUUCAAGAUGUACAGCAUCCACUAUGGAAAAGAACCCUGCCUGGAUACUGGGAAUGGUGUAAUGUUUCUAAGUCUGUUGAAUUUCCUCCUUCCUCUAAAUUUACCAAGUGUAUUAGCUAAACAUUGGAUGCUCUGGGUCAUAUUCUGAAAGCAUUAAAAGCACUGAACCAUUUAGAAAUUAGGAGGCAAUAUUUCCUCUAGCUACAGGUAGGUAACAACUUAAAGGAAAACACAAUGCUGUCAUUUUCUGGCAAGUUCUUCAGACUGAUCACCUUUAUCCUAUGAUGAACAUUUCUAUCUUGAUUGGAGUGGUCUCUCCCAGGAAGACCACAUCCCCAUUCUAAGGGCAUGAGGGCUCACUGCACUGAACGGCUUGAUGAGAAUGAAAAUGAUGCAAGUCGUAUGUUAUGGACGUCAGUCAUCAAAUUUUACCCCAAGUAAACACCUGAAAGAUCAUAAAAAUAAAAACAAUGACUGAGGUAAUAUAUUUUGGAAGAAGGGUGUUCAUACCUCUACUAAAGUCCAGAGACAUGUAGCAACUUUGCCAAGGUACACUGAAACUUUUCUGGUGGCUCAUGGUGACCUUAACAUCCUACUUGAUUUUUCCUUUGUUUUGCCUGCACUUGUCUGUAGCUUGUGCGAUUUUUGCCUCCUUUAUGAGACCUAUGUGGUUCUGUACAAUAUUAAUUGACAUUAAUUAAGCUGAAAAUAGUGUCUAUUAAAUCAUACCUAGGAUUAUAUGUUCACGAACCUGUGAAUCUGAGUUUCAGGCAAAGCCCAAUGACUGUGGUUAUUGUGUACAAUAUAUAACUCUGAGGACCAUUUUCUCCAUUUAUAGGAUAUUGUCCUGUAAUGCUUUUGCUUUGUCCUGAAAUCCAAUAUGGUUUUAUACUGUAAGUCUAAAAACUGAACAAGUUUAUCAAUGCCACAAGUUACUGUCUCACAAUUAGAAUGAUUGAAAAAAAAAUCUAAAAGGUAUGGUUCUUUAAAACCAACUGAAUAUUAUUUCAUGACAAUGAAAUUAUGACGGUAAUGGUUUUUGUCCCAUUUAGCAGUUUUGUUAUUAUAAAUAUCCUUCUGAUUUUCACCUUUUUUGAAUGGCGGAAUGGUUAAAAUCACACUUUUUACUUGGCAGUGACCAGUUUUUUUAAAACCACUACACUACAGACUCAGCCUGGAAAAGGAAAUAUCCUAAAGAAAGACAUUUUACAGUUCUUGACAUUUCCUGCUUACUGUGUUGCACCAUGUCUACUUCUGUUGGGUUUCUCUUCUUUAUGUGAAUGGGCUGAAACAUUUUUGGUGUUUGAUGUUAGGCACUGAACGACAAACAUGUUCAGUAAUUUGUAUAUCUGAAUUGUACAUUAAUUUUUUUCGCAAAAUAAGCUUCAGUAUCUUGUGUCCCUGCUUCACAUACAUUUUAAAGCUGUGAGUGUAUCUAGACAGUUUAACAGUUAAGUUUCUGCUUUUAAACUAUAGCAAUAUCCAGGACAUUCAACUAAUCCAUCAUUAAUUUUUAUAAAUUAAAAAAAAAAAAAGUGUGUCGGCAAGUCAGACUUCAGUAAGUUUUCUUAAGGGAAAGCGACUCCACAGCAAGUGGGCAUAGACGAGUGAAAAGAAUACUACAGAGGCUUAAUUAUGUAGCUAUUAGGAGAGAGGCAGCAGCUGAAAGAGAACCGAGUCCUGCUAUGAAAGUGCCUUUGCAUUUUCAUGUAAAUCUUUUUCAUUCAGCAAAAACGCACUGUUUAUACUUAAUGAGCUCUCAUCAGAAAGCAAGCGAUCUGGAGAUGAAGAGAAGCAAAAUCCUUGUGUGAUUGAAGAUUGCAUUCCAACUUUAAAGACAAUAAAACAGCAUUGAGAAUCUUGAUAAAAGUAACACAAGUUCAAUGUAAAUUCUACUGUUUCAUCUUACAUUGGCAGUAGUUCAUAUUACACAUGAACCGUGUGGGCUUUUAGAAGGGUUUUCUUCACAGUCUUAUGCUUGUAAAUUAGGAAAUAUAUGCAAUACUCAAUUAGUUAGUGUUUGAAACUUUCUUUUUUUUAUCAUUCUGCAAAAUCCAAUCAGAUUUAACAUAUGAAGAGUAACUGAGACUAACAGGCAGGUUGACUGUGGUAUUCAAACCAAUUGUGAUGUGAAUUUGAUUGGAUGUUUCAAGUUGUAAGUUAAUUAAGAAAUGUAAAUAAAAAGAAAAGAAUUAUUAGCUGGAGGCGGCAGGGUGGCUUAAUGGUUAGCAUGUUUGCCUCAAACCUCCAUUGUCCUGGGCUCAAGUCUCGCUCCUGCUCACUGUGUGUGGAGUUUGCAUGUUCUCCCACGUGUUUGGUGGGUUUCCUCUGGCUGCUCUGGUUUCCUCCCACAGUCCAAAGACAUGCUACUAGGCUGAUUGGAGUCUCUAAAUUGCCUGUAGUGUUAAUGUCUGCACCCUGUGGUGGGUUGGCACUCCGUCCAGGGUGUAUCCUGCCUGAUGACACCUGAGAUAGGCACAGGCUCCCUGUGACCCAAGGAUAGAUCAGAUAAGCAGUACAGACAAUGAAAAUUAUUAGCUGGGGCAAACGAAAGAAACAAAAUAAGUGAUUUCCUGCUCUGUCCUUUUCAUUAGCAAAUAGCAGGGCUACAAAAAUAAUGUCUGGGUUAGGUGU